GUCUGUUUACUGUUUUCAAUCUUAACUAGUAACCCGUAUCCACAUAGUGUUAAAAAUAUACUGCAAACGUACAGUGAUAAGUGCUGUUGCUGUUGUUGAAAAUCGGCGAAAAUGCGGAUAUAGACGUCCAAAAAAAGAGUCAAAUAUGGCGAUAGAACCGAGAUCGAAUCCGCUAUGGAAGCGUAGCGAUCAAUUAACGAAAUGGCGAUUAUCAGAGAUGGCUAAGGAAUCGGAUAGGUUCCACGCAUCUGAAAAAGUUCACUUCGAUAGAGAUUGCGUUUUUAUAGCCUGCUGCGCUGAGGCGAACAUAAAGGAGGUUGAACUUCUGUUGGACAAUGGCGCUAAUAUUCAUGCAACUAAUACGGAUGGAUUAACAGCUCUGCAUCAAGCUUGUAUAGACAAUAAUUCGGUCAUGGUAGAGUUUCUUCUUAAACGAAGAGCAAACGUAAGUGCGGCCGAUAACGAAGGUUGGACGCCGUUACACGCAACAGCUAGUCAAGGAUAUACAGAAAUCGCUAGGAUUCUUAUCGCUAAUGGAGCCGAUAUUAGGGCGGUAAACUGUGAUAACGAAUUACCAUUCGAUCUGAGCGAAUCGGAAGAGAUGGAUGAACUGUUAGAGGAGGAAAUGCGUAAAAUCAACAUGAAUAUUGAAAUUGCGAGAAAUGUUGAAGAAAACUUAAUGAUAGAAGAUGCCACUCGAUGGUUGAAACAGGGUAAAAUAGAGGAGUUGAUUGACCCUCAAACGGGGGCAACUAGUCUUCACGUAGCUGCCUCAAAAGGUUAUACAGAAGUUUUACGUUUACUUUUGAAAGCUGGUGCGGACGUAAACGCCCAGGAUUAUGACGGUUGGACCCCAGCUCAUGCAGCAGCACAUUGGGAUCAGAAGGAAGCUCUGACUGUCCUCGUUAUGGAAGGUCUGUGUGACUUAGAAGCCCUCAAUAGCUACAAUCAAACCCCUGAAGAUGUUUGUGAAUCUAAGCUAUUAACAUAUUUGGAGGAGUUAAAGACAAGACAAAAGCUGAAAUCCGCUGCUGAAAAUCUUGUAAUCGAAAGUGUAAAGACGAAUAGACAACGUCGGACAUCAAUUACUAGGCUAUCAGCUGACCAAAAGCAGAAUCUCAAGAAAUCAGUUAUUGAAGAAGGCGAAGUCUUUAGACGUUUGACCUCGCCUGAUCAUAUCAAAAAUGAAGAACAAGAACCUGUCGAAAAAGUGAGGAAAGUUGAUGAAGAGUCGGAAGAAAAUAAGGAAAAUGAAAAGCAAAACGCUGAUCUGGAACAUAUAACCAACAAUAAAUCGGAUGCAAUUACAGAUUUACCCACGAUAAAACCUCGAUUGCAUGGAUUAUUGCGGAAAGCUGAUAGUCUCCCAUCUACUGAAGCAACUGAAACGAAAGAAUCCCCUCCGAAAACAUAUAGAUCCUUCUCUAAUUCUUCUGUUGAAGACACAAAGGAGCGAUGGAAUAAUAAAAUGUUCGGCCAUUCUCAAAUAGGUCUUUCUGCGCUUCGAGGAGCCAAUGCACAAAGAUAUAUACCUGAAUCACAAAAUUUUGAAAGUAGUAGACCCAUAGAAGAAAUUAGAUCCUCACAAGGUGAUAGCGAGACUAAAGAAGCGGAAAAAGAUAGUGAAAAAGAUGAGGCAGAAGAUACCAUAAAAGAUAUCACAAGAUCAAAAAAUGAUUCAAAAUCUACUGGCGACACAGAUACAAGUGAAAGCAGGGAUUCGAGACCUUGCAGUCUCUUUGCCCCUGCCAGCAACGAAGCUGAAAUAGUCAGGAAAAUUGCUUCAAAGACUGCAAGAAAGACAAGAAGGUCCACUCAAGGUGUAUCGAGGGAAGAUGUGCAAUUAGCUGAAAAAGCUUUGGAAGAAGCCGCUAAGAAAAAAUCUCAAAACCACAGUCUAGCUAUAACAUCUGUACGUGAGGAAAAUCAACAAAAAGCGUCUGAGGAAAAGAAAACAACCGAUACUGAUAAGACGGAGGAAACAAAGGACGACAGUGAUAAGAAAUCUCAUACUAAACUUUCAGUGUUCAACAGUAGUAGCACAAACACCGAUAAAGACGACAAGGUGGAUUUGCCUACAACUACGUUUGACACAAUCUCAACUAAAUCAAGCCCCAAAUUAUCUUAUACUUCCCAAACCGUUUCUCCUAACACAGAUAUUUCUGCAUACCGAUCUAAGUCAUUUUCUUCACGAAGGCAGACAGAAGCAGAAGAAAAAAAGAAUCUUGAUACCGAUUUUGAAUUGCGCCACGAAAAACGUGAUAGGGAACGACAGACAAGACGAGAACGAGCCCAGCGAUUGGAGGAAUCACUUAAAAGAUCAGAAGAAAUAUUAAAUAAAUCGAAAGACAUUGAAACUAAUUAUAGCAAUAAUUCUUAUAGAGAUUCAACAAGAAUUCGACUAACUCCUGCUACAAGUUCUAAUUCAACAUCAUUAUAUAAUAAAGAUUCGGAUUUAUACCCCUUAGAUAGAACUGGGCUAAUAGCAUCUAAUAGGAGGCGGCAUUCAGCCAGAACUGCUGAUCGUAUAGCUGCUUUAGAUGAUACUACAUCUACUUCCACAAUUAGUUCAUCGAACAAAUCGAAUGAUUUACAGAAUAAUGUUAAAACGCUUGAUGAAGAACAUAAAAAAAUAUUGGAGGAAAAUGAAAAGUUGAAACGAGACUUGGAAAAAGCCAAAGCGGAUACGAAAAAGGCAAAGGAGGAGGUGGAGGAGGCAAAAAAUGAAUUAGAAAGAAAUCGAAAGUCAACAACAAAUUAUUACGACGCUUCUGAACGUAGAGAAAAACGAGCUUUAGAGAGGCGCGUGUCGGAACUUGAAGAAGAACUAAAGCAAUUCGAUCAUGUUAAAAUUGAACUACAAAAAGUAAAAGAAGAAAAUUCAGCUUUGAUUCGAGUCAUUUCAAAACUGUCGAAGGGAAAUGAACAGUCUUGCGAUCGUUAUUGUACAAAAUUAUAA